CUUGGAUUUUCCGGAAAAAAAACUGCAGUACUGAGAAUAAAACAUACUUGGUAAAAUUAUGUCAUUUUUUAGCUGUAUCUUUUUAUAGCGAAGGUAUAAAGGUGUGCGCAUACCCUGUGACAUAGAGAUAGAUUGUACAAGACUUCACAAGCAUGGGGAAAGCCCAAUAUUGCGUCUGGCUGGUAAUGGUGAAUAUUUUGGCCGUGGUCGCAAUGAGCAAAAAUGAAAUAGACAAAGCAGUGAGAUCAUCCCUUUUGAAGGGGGAGAAUAGUUUACAACAGCACAAGGAAGAACUCCGUCAAUUCCGAAUGAACGGAACUGACAGAAACGUCCCACAUUCUCCGAGGAAUAAACAUUUUAUGUUAACCUAUAAUAAAAAUGAGUCAAAGCAUUUGACGGAAUGUGGUAUCAUCAACAUCGAAGUGUUAAAAACGCUCCAUGACGAAUUUGGAAUGACUUUAUCUGACAUUCAGGAUAACGAUCAAAUUCAAAAUAAAGUAAGAUCCCAAUUCUGCCCUACGGAUAUAGACUGUGGUUCGGCCAGUAAAAGCCCUUACCGAUCGAUUGACGGACGCUGUAAUAAUCUAAUCCAUCCAUCCUGGGGGGCCGCCGUUACGCCACAGCCACGAUACCUACCAGCUGAGUAUGACGACGGUAUCUCUACACCUCGUAACAGGGCAAAAGACGGCAGCCCCCUUCCCAGCCCACGACUCAUCAGUAACAACCUUUUCCGUUCCCCAGGAGACUGUACAGAGACGGACCACGCCCGUACCCUGAUGGUGAUGGCCUGGGGACAGUUCAUCGACCAUGACUUAACUCAUACCCCAACCAUGAAAGGUGAUGGUGAGGUUCCUAUAACUUGUUGCGGCGAGAACGUACAGAACAGACCUCAGUGUUUCCCAAUAUCUAUCCCGUCUGAUGAUCCCCAUUUCGAUGACUCUUGCAUGGAAUUCGUCAGAUCAGCCCCCUCUCCUCCAGGGGAUGGAUGUCAACUUGGUCCUCAAGAACAAAUCAACCAGAUCACAUCAUUCAUUGAUGGCGGUUCAGUGUAUGGAAGCUCUAAAGAGAAAAUGGAAGAGCUUAAAAACACAGACACAGGACAGAUGAGAACUUCCCCCGGGGAUUUGUUGCCUCCAGCAGUCGAUGACACUUGUGAAUCUUCUGCUGAGACAGACUUCUGUCAAAAUGCCGGCGACUUAAGGGUUAACGAGAUUCCUUCCCUUGGUGGAAACCACCUGCUGUUUGUCAGAGAGCACAACAGAAUUGUUGGGGAACUCCGAAAAGUCCAACCAAAAUGGAGUUCUUUAAAAUUAUAUCAGGAGGCGCGUAAGAUAAUCGGAGCCCUUCUGCAGCAAGUGACGUACGGAGAGUUCCUUCCAAGCAUCUUGAGCAAACAGGAUCUUGAGAAUCAUAAGCUAAAGCUGCGGAACUCGGGAUUCAGCAACAAUUAUGAUAGCAGUAGAAAUCCAGCAACCAAAAACGCUUUUAACGCUGCUGUUUUUCGAUUUGGUCAUUCCUUGAUUCCGCCAAACCUCGCCUACCUUCUUUAUGACUUUAUGUCACGCGUCAACUCCACUACAAUUGAGUCCAUAUUCUUUAAUCCGCACCUAUUGAUUACAGAAGGUGGAAGAAGGGUGUCGGAUUUGGCGCGCUUUAUUGUUACAUCGAAUUCCAUGAAGGUUGACAAUCAACUAGAAGGUGCGGUGCGAGACCAUCUUUUUGAAAACGCGCAUGGUAAAGGAAUGGACCUUGGGGCUCUUAAUUUGCAAAGAGGUCGUGAUCAUGGACUUCCUCCGUAUAAUGCAUGGCGCAAAUGGUGUGGACUUACGGUAGCCACCUCUUUCUCAAAUUUACCAGACAUUACUGAUGAAAAGAAAGCUGUCCUUGCUGACCUCUACAGUGGGGUAGAUGACAUUGACCUGUUUGCUGGUGGAGUAGCAGAAACCCCUCUGGACGGAGCUGCUGUCGGUCCUUUGUUCUCCUGUAUCAUAGGGAACCAGUUCCGAGACCUUAAAGAUGGAGACAGAUACUGGUACGAAAACCGAGGGGUGGAGGGCUUUAAACAGGCGCAACUACGAGAAAUCAGGAAAGUCAAACUUGCCAAGAUCGUAUGUACAAACUUAGGAGUGGAUCCCAUCCAACCUGAUGUGUUCCAUGUUCCUAGCCCAAGUAAUAACUGGCAAAGCUGUAGUCAAUUUCCGGAAAUAGACUUCGCCAGAUGGAGAUGAGCAGAUGUCCAUACAUAUUGACAUUAUUGCAUUAGUGUGUACUUGAGUUCUCUUAUGAAAUUGUUUUGUUAAAGACUGAUUAUUGAAUUGAAUCUAAAUUUGUUAAUGUUCGAUUAAUAUUUUAAACGAAUGAUUCUUUAAUUUUAUAGAUUGUAGUGAGUGAAAAAAUGAAUUUGUAAUUUG